AUGCCCGCCCGCCACACAAAGGGGCGCACACAGCCGCGCCGCACCUCCCUCACCGCUCCCUCGACUCUCGCAGCGCUCGCAGCGCUCCUCGCCAUCGCACGCCUGCCGAGGGCGGAUGCAGCCUACAAGCCGCUGAAGACGUACGCCGGGAGCAACUUUUUCGAUGCGUGGGACUUCUACGGUCACUACGACAACUUGACAAACGGCGAUAUCGACUUUGUCAACCGGACAGACUCGAGCGAUCUGGCGUACAUCAACUCAGCAGGCAAUGCCAUCAUCAAGAUGGACAACACGAGCACCGUCCUGUACCCGAACAAGCGACGAAGCGUGCGGAUUCAAUCGCAGGACACGUACCCGAUCGGCUCGCUCUGGGUUUUUGAUUUCGUGCACGUGCCGUACGGCUGCUCCGUCUGGCCGGCGGCGUGGUCUCAGGCGACCGUCUGGCCUCAAGGCGGCGAAAUCGACACUUUCGAAGGCGUCAAUCUGAUGCAGACCAAUCAGUACGCCUUGCACACGACGAGCGGAUGUACCAACUCGAACUCGUCGGCAAGCAACUUCACCGGCACGCUGACUUACGGCGACUGCGACACCUCCGCGAACUCCAAUUCAGGCUGUACCAUCCUUGACCCGCGCACCUCUUCCUACGGCGCGGCCUUCGCCUCGAACGGCGGCGGAGUCUACGCGACCGAGUUCUCCAAGAACGGUAUCUCGAUUUGGUUCUUCCCGCGCGCCAACGUCCCGUCCGACUUGUCGUCGAACUCGUCUGCGCCGAACCCGACGGGCUGGGGAGAACCGGCGGCGAGGUAUGGAGGGAGCAGCUGCGACGUGCCGACGUUCUUUGCGCCCCAACAUCUCGUUAUUGACAUCACGGCGUGCGGUGACUGGGCGGGCCAUGUGACGAACACGACGGGAUGCCCGCUCAAGACCGACCUUUGCUACACCUCGUUCGUUCUCAACUCGAGCAACUACAACACAGCCUACUUCGAAAUCCCCUCGAUCCGCGUCUAUUCCAACGCCGACCUCGCAGCCAACUCUUCCGCUUCAGCCACCGCCACGAACACCGCGACCUCCGCUUCCGCCUCGGGCUCGAGCGCGGUGAAGAGUGCGGCAGGGCGCACGAGGGCAGGAAGCUCGCUGGAGGCGGUUGUUGCGGGAGCCGCCGUGCUGAUCGGCGGAUGGGCGUUGCUGUGA